AUGGCUCCUCCAGCCUGGACUCUGCUGCUGCUGCUGGCGGCUGCCUGGGGCCAGGGUCACAUGCCUGCCCCUGCCCGUGGCCCUUUCUUCCCAGCCGUUCUCACCCAGUGUGAUUUUGAGGAUGACUCCAGACCCCUCUGUGAUUGGAGCCAAGUGUCCAAAGAUGACGGGGCCUGGACUCGGGCCAGUGAGCCCUCCCCCACCAGCAGCACCGCGCCCCCCGGCGGGUACCCCAAUGGAGAGGGCUACUACCUGCACAUGGACUCCAACAUCUUCCGCCCGGGCGGGGUGGCCCGCCUGCGCAGCCCCCCCGUAUGGGAGCAAGGCCUCCUCUGUGUGCGCUUCGCAUACUACAUGUUCGGGCUGUCGUGGGGCGCCCAGCUCAAGCUGCUGUUGACCACAGACCCCAAGGGCAAGCGCCCCAACGUGCUCUGGACACACAGGAACGCCCAGAGCCCCUCCUGGAUACCCGCCUCCGUCACGGUGCCCAUCGGGCGCAUCCUGCCCAGUUGGCUGACAUUUGAAGGGGUCAGGGGCAGCACGGCUUAUCUGGACAUCGCUCUGGAUGCCACCUCUAUCCGUCGGGGCUCCUGCAAUCAGGUCUGCAUGAUGCAAACGUGCAGUUUUGACACUCCAAAUGAUCUCUGUGGCUGGAGCUGGAUCCCGACGGCCUCUGGGGCCAAGUGGGUCCAGAAGAAGGGGUCAACGGGGGUGCUGAACGUGGGGCCUGAGGAUGACUUCUCUAGCCCUGGUACCCCUAUCCCUGUGCCAUCCCCCACUUUACUGGCCUUUUCCUUCCCAGGUGGCUUCUACAUGGUCCUGGACCCCAAGAAUGCAAAACCAAGGCAGAGCUCUGCCCUCCUGAGCCCUCUGAUCCAGUCCUUCGGCUGCCUGAGCCUGUCCUUUCACUACACCCUACGUGGCCAGUCUCCUGGCGCAGCCCUCACGGUCUAUGCUUCUGACUUGGGCAGCCUCCGGAAACACACACUCUUUUCAGGACAACCCGGACCCAACUGGCAGCCUGUUUCUGUCAAUUACACAGGCCAGGGACAGAUUCAGUUCACCAUGGUGGGCAUGUUUGGAAAGAUUCCAGAGCCAGCGGUGGCGGUGGAUGCAAUCAGCAUUGCUCCCUGCGGGGAGAGCUUUCCUCAGUGUGACUUUGAAGAUGAGGCCCAUCCCUUCUGUGACUGGGUCCAGGCAUUACAGGAUGGCGGACACUGGACCCAGGGAAGUAAAAACACGCUCAUCCAGGGUACAGGUCCCUUGGGAGCCUCCCUUAAUGGAGAGGGUCACUUUGUCUACCUUGAGGCUGACAAGUUCUCCCAGGCAGGCCAGUCUUUCAGACUGGUGAGCCGGACCUUCUGUGCCCCGGGUGCAAUCUGUGUGGAGUUUACCUACCACAUGUAUGGCCUCGGAAACGGCACGAAGCUCAGGCUUCUGCUGGGGAGCCCUGCGGACAGUUCCCCAGCUCCUCUCUGGGAACGAGUUGGGUCUCAAAGCGCUGACUGGCUGAACGACUCCAUCACCAUCCCUUCGGGACAUCAACAGCCCAUGCAGCUGAUGUUUGAGGCCAAGAGGGGCACCAGCACCGCCUUCAUUGUUGCUCUGGGUUUCAUCUUGAUCAGUCACGGGACCUGUCAAGAGAAACUUGUGGCCCCUGAGGAAACACCCACCGUCCCCACUGAAAUAUCCACCAUCCCCACAGAGAAACCUGUGACCCCCAUAGAAAAACCGACUGUCCCUAGUGAAAUAUCCACGGUCCCCACCGAAAGGACCACCAUUCCCACUAAAAUGACCACCAUCCCCACAGAAAAACCCACUGGCCCUAGUGAAAUAUCCACAGUCCCCACCGAAAGGACCACCAUUCCCACUAAAAAGACCACCAUCCCCACAGAAAAACCCACGGUCCCCACCGAAAGGACCACCAUCCCCACGGAAAAACCCACGGUCCCCACCGAAAGGACCACCAUCCCCACGGAAAAACCCACGGUCCCCACUGCAAGGCCCACAGCUCCCACGACACCCCAGCCCAGCCCAACUCUUGUACCCACCUGGCCAACAGUUUUUGUGAUGCCAAGUACCUCCAUGACCACCGUGACCCCGGCCACCACUGCAACCCCGAGACCUACUCCAGUGAGCUGCCCGCCGAACGCCCACUACGAGCGCUGCGCCUGCCCAGCAUCCUGCCAGAGCCCCACGCCCAACUGUGGGCUCCUUUGCAAGCCCGGCUGUGUCUGCGAUCCUCGCUUUCUGUUCAGCGACUCCCGCUGCAUCAGUGCCUCUUCCUGCAAUUGCUCCUACAAUGACAAUUACUAUAAGCCGGGGACAGGGUGGUUCAGCCCCAACUGCACAGAACGUUGCCGCUGCCAGCCUGGCAGUCGGACGGAGUGCCAGCCCUAUAAGUGCGGGACACAUACAGUGUGCCAGCUGAAGAAUGGCCAGUACGGAUGCCACCCCUAUGGCACUGCCACCUGCUUCAUCUACGGAGACCCUCAUUACUUCACCUUCGAUGGGAGGCACUUUAGCUUCAUGGGCAAGUACACCUACAUCCUGGCCCAACCCUGUGGCAACUCAACAGAGCCAUUCUUCAGGCUGACGGUGAAGAAUGAGGAGCGAGGACAGGAGGGCGUGUCCUGCCUGAGCAAGGUCUACGUGACUCUGCCCGAAACCACCAUCACCCUGCUCAAGGGCAGACACACGCUGGUUGGGGGUCAGCGAGUCACCCUCCCAGCAAUACCUUCUAAAGGCAUCUUCCUGACUCCAAGUGGGCGAUUUGUGCAGCUGCAGACGGCGUUCGGUCGGCGGGUGAGAUGGGAUGGUGACCAGCAGCUGUCUGUGAGCGUGCCCAGCACCUACUCCGGCAAACUCUGCGGUUUCUGUGGCAACUAUGAUGGCGACAGUAGCAACGACAACCGGAAGCCGGAUGGCAGACCAGCGCGAGAUGAGACGGAGCUUGGUAGCAGCUGGCAGGCCUCGGAGGAUGAAAACCACGAGUGCCAGGAGAACCAGGCAUCUCCCCCAUCUUGCGGCACUGCCUUGCAGAACACUGUGUUGGGGCCAGAGUUCUGUGGACGGCUCACAGUCGCUCACGGAGCUUUUGAGUAUGUGCGGGGGCCCGGGGUGGCCUCUUCCUUCUUCGACAACUGCAUGUUUGACAUGUGUAAUUUCCAGGGGCUGCAGCAGAUGCUGUGUGCCCACAUGUCGGCCUUGACUGAGACCUGCCAGGAUGCCGGCUGCGUGGUGAAGCCCUGGAGAGGACCCCAGUUCUGCUCGCUGGCCUGUCCACCCAACAGCCGAUACACCCUGUGUGCCAAGCUGUGCCCCGACACCUGCCAUUCCGAGUUCUCGGGCAUGGCCUGCCAGACCCACUGCGUGGAGGGCUGCGAGUGCGACCCGGGCUUCGUCCUCAGCGGUCUCCAGUGCGUCCCCAGGUCCGAGUGUGGCUGCCUUGACCCCACGGCCGGCUACUUCAAGGUAGGGGAGCGGUGGUUCAAGCCAGGCUGCAGACAGCUCUGCAUCUGUGAGGGCAGCAACAGAACUCGCUGUGUGCAGUGGAGGUGCCAGGCCCAGGAGGUGUGCGGUCGGUAGGAUGGCAUCUAUGGCUGCCACGCUCAAGGGUCCGCUACCUGCACUGUCUCGGGGGACCCCCAUUACCUGACAUUCGACGGAGCCCUGCACCACUUCAUGGGCACCUGCACCUACACCCUGACCCAGCCUUGUUGGUUGAGGUCCCCAGAGAAUUACUUCGUCGUGAGCGCCACCAACGAGUUCUGCGGUGGAAACUUGGAGGCCUCCUAUGUCAAAACCGUCCAAGUGCAGGUCUUCAACCUCAGAAUCUCCAUGAUCAAAGGCCGCAAGGUCCUGCUGGACGGUCGCCGGGUGGCCCUGCCCGUGUGGCCUGCACAAGGCCGGGUGAACGUGAGGUCCAGUGGCUCCUUUAUCCUCCUCUACACGGACUUUGGGCUUCAAGUUCGCUAUGACGGGAACCACCUGGUGGAAGUGACCGUGCCCUCCUCCUACGCUGGCCGGCUCUGCGGGAUGUGCGGGAACUUCAACAACAACAGCCUAGAUGACAAUCUGCAGCCAGAUAAAAGGCCUGCAGUCAGCUCCGUGCACCUGGGGGCCUCCUGGAAGCUAAAUGAGUUAUCUGAAACUGGCUGCUUUGCUGCGGGUGGCAAGCCCCCCAGGUGCCUGGGGAAGAAAGUGACAGAGGCCUGGAAUAAGAACUGUGAUAUCUUAAUGAACCCUCAGGGACCCUUCUCCCAGUGCCACGGGGUGGUGGCCCCGCACUCCAGCUUCACCAGUUGCAUGUAUGGCCAGUGUGGGACCAAGGGCGACGCCUUGACCCUGUGCCGCUCCCUGCAGGCCUACGCGUCCCUGUGCGCCCGCGCAGGCCAGGCCCUCGCCUGGCGGAACAGCACCUUCUGCCCUCUGAACUGCCCCUUGGGCAGCAGCUACAGCACCUGUGCCAACCCCUGCCCGGCCACCUGCCUCAGCCUGAGCACUCCAUCAUACUGCCCGUCCUCGCUGCCCUGUGCCGAGGGCUGCGAGUGCCAGAAAGGCCACAUCCUGAGUGGGACCUCCUGUGUGCCCCUCAGCCAGUGUGGCUGCACCAGCCAGAGGGGCUCCUACCACCCGGUUGGGGAGAGCUGGUACACGGACAACACCUGCUCCAGGCUCUGCACCUGCUCCGCUCACAACAACAUCUCCUGCCUCCAGACCGCCUGCAAGCCUGGCCAGAUGUGCGGGUCCCAGGAUGGGCUGAUACGGUGCCAGGCGGCAGGGAUGGGAGAGUGCCGCAUCCGCAGCACGUCCCACUACGUGAGCUUUGAUGGCAGUUACCAUGCGGUCAGGGGCACCUGCACUUACGUCUUGGUGAAAAUAUGCCACUCCACCAUGGACCUGCCUUUCUUCAAGAUCAGUGGCAAGAAUGGGAGGCGGAAAGACCAACCCCACACUUUGUACCUCCGCCAGGUCCACGUGGACAUCUUUAAUACCCUGGUCACCCUGAGGAAGGGCCAAGCGCUGACCAAUGGCACACGGGUCACCCUCCCGGCGACCGCCCAGACGGGAGUCAGAGUCAUUUCCAGGGACGGCUACAUCGUGCUCACCAUCAACACUGGGGUGCAAGUCAAGUUUGACGGCAGUGGUUUCCUAGCGGUCGAAAUCCCCAAAGCCUAUUAUGAAGAGACCUGCGGCACGUGCGGGAACUUCAACGGUGAGGAGGGAGACGAACUAUUGACGCCUAAUGACGAAUUAGCCCUGGAUGACGUCAUGUAUGUGGACAGUUGGCAAGACAAGGAGAUCGACCCAAAUUGCCAAGAAGAUGACAAGAAGACUGAAGCAGAACCUCAGGAGAAGCCAAACCCAAACUGCCGGGCAGCUGACCUGGCAAGAGCCCAGGAGCAAUGCCAGGCGGCUUUUCAGGCUCCAGCCUGGGCGAAGUGUGCCACCCGCGUGAUUCUCAGUCCCUUCCUGCUCAGAUGUACCCACAGCCUCUGUGAGUUUGGAGGCAUCAACCAUGCCCUCUGCCAGUCUCUACAAGCCUUCGGGGCCGCCUGCCAGGCCCAGGGGGUCAAGCCUCCGAUCUGGAGAAACAGCAGCUUCUGCCCUCUGGACUGCUCCGCCCACAGCGUCUACACCACCUGCGUUCCCUCCUGCCCUCCUUCCUGCUGGGACCCAGAAGGCCAGUGCAAAGGCUCCAGAGUGCCCUCCACCUGCGAGGAGGGCUGUGUCUGUGAGCCCGGCUACGUGCUCAGUGGACAGCAGUGUGUGCCCAGGAGCCAGUGCAGCUGCAGGGACGCCCAGGGCAACUCCCUCCCUGCGGGUAAGUCCUGGUUCUCCGGAGGCUGCUCCAAGAGGUGUGCCUGCAGAGCGGGCGCCGUUCAGUGCUGGCCCUUCACCUGCCCCUCGGGCUCCCAGUGCCAGCCCAAGGAGGACGGCAAAGACUACUGCACACCCGAGAAGUCGGAGCAAUGCACAGUUUAUGGGGACCCCAGUUACCGCACAUUUGAUGGCCUCAGCUACCGCUUCCAGGGCCGCAUGACCUACUUUCUGAUCAAGACCUUGGACGUGCUCCCUGAUGGGGUGGAGCCCUUGGUCGUGGAGGGCCGCAACAAGGUGUAUCCGUCCUUCAACCCCAUCUUCCUGCACGAAAUCAUCGUGACGGUCUACGGCUACACAGUCCAGCUCCAGACGGAACUGGGACUUGUAGUCAACGGUCAGAAGAUGACCAUCCCCUAUGAGCCCAACGACCAGCUGCGGGUCACCAUGCGAGGCCAUCACCUAUAUCUGAUCACAGACUUUGAGCUGGUCAUCAGCUUCAAUGGAAAGAACAAUGCAGUGAUCUCCCUGCCCAUCACGUACCGGAGGCUUGUGCGCGGCCUGUGUGGCAACUACGACCAGAACAAGAGGAAUGAUUUUAUGCUGCCCAACGGUGCCCUCACCCAGAACCUCCUUGUCUUUGGCAACAGCUGGGAGGUUAAGAAGACCAAGGGCGGCCUCCCCCGCUUCUCAAGGGAGGUACAAGAGGAGCAAGUGAAAGAAGAGGCGUCAGGCUUUCACGUGUCAGAAUGCAGCCCGGAGCAGCUGGAGCUCAUCGAGCACACAUGGGCGUGUAGGGUGCUGGUGGACCCCCGGGGCCCCUUCGCUGCCUGCCACCAGCCUGUGGCCCCGGAGCCCUUCCUGGAGCACUGUGUGUCUGAUCUGUGUGCCGCCCGGGACCCCAAAGAGCAGGACGAGCGGCGUUGCCAGAUCCUCAGCGGGUACGCCAUCAUCUGCCAGGAGGCGGGCGCCACCCUGGUCAGCUGGCGGGACCACACCCGUUGCGCCUUGCCGUGUCCAGCCAAUACCGUCUAUCAGAGCUGUAUGACACCCUGCCCAGCCUCCUGUGCCACCCUGGCAGCUCCCAGAGACUGCAAGGGCCCCUGUGUGGAGGGCUGUGCCAGCCUCCCAGGCUACAUCUACAGUGGUGCCCAGAGCCUCCCCCUGGCCCACUGUGGCUGCACCAACAAUGGCAUCUACUACCAGCAGGGUGACAGCUUCGUGACCGAGGAUUGCUCCCAGUGCUGCACCUGUGCCAGCUCGGGGGUCCUGCUGUGUGAGCCCCUCAGCUGUAGCCCUGGGGAGAUCUGCACCCUGGGGAACCUCACUCGUGGCUGCUUCCGAGACAGUCCGUGCUUACAGAACCCCUGUCAGAAUGAUGGUCGGUGCCAGGAGCAGGGAACCCACUUCACCUGUGAGUGUGAGCUUGGUUACGGGGGACACCUCUGCACGGAGCCUCAGGAUGUGCCACUCCCCAAAAAACCAGAAGCCUCCAACUUUGUGGUCAUCCUGUUGGGAUUGCUGGUGCCUGUGCUGGUCGUAGUGUCAGCAGUGACCAGAGAAUGCAUUUCCAGGAAGAGAAGGAGGGAGAAAAUGCAGAGCCAGACCAGAGACGAGCUGCCAGGGUCGCUGCCCUUCAAGGAAUAA